AUGUGGUCACUCCUCGCAACAGCACCGUAUGCUAUUGCCUUGGCCUGCUUCCUUUUUGUAUACUUCAUUGUAUAUCCCUAUGUGGAAUACCUGCGAGACCCAAAGGGUCUCCGAAAAUACCCUAAUCUCUCUCCCUUCUCGGGUAUUUCUGCACUUCCGUUCAUGUUCCUCGCUUCGAGAGGCUUCCGGUCCAUGGAACUCAGCGCCCUGCACAGAAAGAACCCCGUCAUUCGCACGGGACCCAACAUGCUGUCCUAUGGAGACGUGCGAGCCAUCAAAGACAUCUACGGCCACAACACAAAGUGCAUCAAGGACGCCUCUUACGUGGUCACAGCAGGCUCUCAUACCAACUUGGCAGAUGUCGUCGACAAGCCGGAGCAUGCCCGCAAGCGCAAGGUGCUCUCCUCUGCGUAUGCACUCAAGAACCUAGAGAGCUGGGAAUACAAAGUCAGCGACAAGAUCGAGCGCAUGAUCAAGCACUUUGAGACGGUCUGCACGGCGCCUGCCUCACCAGACGUAGUUUCUGGAAAGGUAGCGCCAGAUCCAAAAGACCUGACUCUCGAUUUCCGAGCCUGGAGCAACUUCUUCACGCUCGACGCCAUCGCCGACAUCGGGCUCUCCGAGAAACUCGGCUUCCUGGACAGUGGCACGGACGUGUGCAUCGCCGAGCGCAAAGACGGUUCAACCUACGAGACGAAUCUGCGCGAGGCACUAUACCCGACCGCACGCAAGCAAUCACUGAUCCUCUGGAACUACGCCUGGUACCCGGUACUAAACCAGCUCGUGAACGUAAUCCCCUUCUUCCGACACAUGCAGACAUCCGCCGAGAACUGGGAGAACAUCAUGUGGCGCCGGGCCAGCGAGCGACUACGGCGGUACGAAGCCGGCGAAAAGCUCGAGGAUUUCUUCCAGGCCCUGAUGGAAGACAAGACCGGGAGCCCCAAUAACCUGGAAUGGGGCGAGGUCGUGGCCGAGUGCAAUAUCAUGAUGAACGCCGGCAGCGUCACGACCGCCGUGGCGAUCGCCAACGUGUUGUACCAACUGCUGCGCAACCCGCGGUGUCUGGCGAAGCUACGCGAAGAGCUCGAUGCUGUUCUCGACGAGGAUGAGGUCGUCGCGGAGUAUGAUAAGGUGCGGCAUUUGCCGUAUCUGCGCGCUUGCUUGGAUGAAUCGCUGCGCAUCUUCCCGCCUACGUCGCAUGGUCUGCCGCGUGAGACUCCCGUCGAGGGUACGAAUAUCCUCGGCGAGUGGGUCGCGGGUAGGACCUCUGUGAGCAUGUCGGCGCUGGUGGCGCACCGCGAUGAGAGUGUUUUCCCCAAUGCUGAUCAGUAUAUCCCCGAGCGCUGGCUUGGAGAAGAAGGGAAGGCGCUGCAGCCGUAUUUGAUUGCAUUUUCGGCUGGUGCCCGGUCGUGCAUUGGUCGCAAUAUCUCGUAUCUGGAACAGACGAAGCUUGUGGCUUCGGUGGUGCAUCGCUAUGAUUUUGCUUUGUCGUAUCCCGGUUGGGAGCUGCAGCCGCUGGAGACGAUGAAUUUGAUUCUGGGUGGGAUGCCGGUGAAGAUCUGGCGGCGUGGUCUGGGUGUGGAGGUAUACAUGGGAGAGAGUACUUUGUAG